AUGGCUUCCGCAUGUAGCAUCCCCCCGUUUGGGGCCCUUCCUGUCAGGGCAUGGAGAAAAAAGGAGGUCAGAUCUUCUUCUGAGAAACGUCCACAGCGAGGACCCCCGAAGCGGUGCCUGAGGUGCAAUUCCCUCUAUCACGAGGACGAGAACUCCCCGACGUCCUGCUCCUUCCACGGCCACGUUACAGGUACCGAAGCCCACAGGGCAGCACCGCCGUCUUGGCCGGAGAGUCUUGCCGAUUCGAUUCUUUCAACGUGGGUCACCCCGUCGGACUGAAUCUGCGCAGGAGAGAAAGGGCUGUUCGCCCUGGCGCCGCCGCACCAGGGGAUCGACGGCGAGUGGACCGACGGGAGUGGAGUGAUCGUCUACAGGUGGAACGAGAAGGGAAACAGGCCAAACACCGGGAGCGCGAAUUGGAAGAAGAGGUGGACCUGCUGCUCCGAAUACGAUGAUCACGCCCCUCCUUGCCGCCGGGGAUGCCACGUCUCCUACGACGACGGGUUCACCCUCUACUAA